UGGUUCAACAUUAACCAAGAGAGAGUCACGACAACCCCUCAGAUCCCAGAGCCCGACACACCAUGCCGCACGUCCGAGGCCCGGGCCUACCUGGCUGCUUGGCUCUGGCGGCCCUGGUUAGCCUGGUGCACAGCCAGCAUGUGUUCCUGGCCCCUCAGCAAGCACUGUCGCUGCUCCGUGCCCGGAGAGCCAACACUGGCUUCCUGGAGGAGGUACGAAAAGGCAACCUAGAACGAGAGUGCGUGGAAGAGCAGUGUAACUAUGAGGAGGCCAAAGAAGCCCUGAAGUCUCCCAGCGCCACGGACGUGUUCUGGGGCAAGUACACAGUCUGUUUGUCGGUGAGGAAACUUCGAGAGGCUUUCAUGGACUGUAUGGAAGGUCGCUGUGCUAUGGAUCUGGGUCAGAACUACCGAGGGACCGUGAAUGUCACCUACACCGGGAUCGAGUGCCAGCUGUGGCAGAGCCGCUACCCACACAAGCCUAACGUCAACUCCACCAGCCACCCUGGGGCCAACCUGCGGGAGAACUUCUGUCGCAAUCCAGACAACAGCACCAAGGGACCCUGGUGCUACACUACGGACCCCACUGUGCGCAGAGAAGAAUGCAGCGUCCCUGUCUGUGGCCAGGAGGGCCGUUCCACGGUGGAGAUGACUCCUCGAACUGGAGGUUCCAAGGGGAAUCUGUCACCUCCGCCGGAGCAGUGCGUCAGCGAACGUGGCCGGCUGUACCAGGGGAACCUGGCUGUGACAACAUUUGGGUCCCCCUGUCUGGCUUGGGACAGCUCGUCCGCCAAGGCCCUGAGCGAGCACCAGGAUUUCCGCCCGGAGGUGAAACUCGUGGAAAACUUCUGCCGCAACCCAGACGGGGAUGAGGAGGGCGUGUGGUGCUACGUUGCCGGGCGGCCGGGCGACUUUGAGUACUGCAGCCUCCACUACUGCGAGGAGCCUGUGGGAGAGGAGAGCCAGGACGGGGAGGAGCAGAUCGCAGGGCGCACCACAGACGGGGAGUUCCACACCUUCUUCAAUGAGAAGACCUUUGGCCUCGGGGAGGCAGACUGCGGCCUGCGGCCUUUGUUCGAGAAGAAGUCGCUGACAGACGAAACGGAGAAGGAGCUGUUUCUCUCUUACAUCCAAGGGCGUAUCGUGGACGGCUGGGACGCUGAGAAGGGUCUGGCCCCGUGGCAGGUGAUGCUUUUCCGGAAGAGUCCCCAAGAGCUGGUGUGUGGGGCCAGCCUUAUCAGUGACCGGUGGGUCCUCACUGCCGCCCACUGCAUUCUGUACCCGCCCUGGGACAAGAACCUCACUGAGAAUGACCUCCUGGUGCGCAUUGGCAAGCAUUCCCGGACCAGGUACGAGCGGAACAUUGAAAAGAUCUCCAUGCUGGAAAAGAUCUACAUCCAUCCCAGAUACAACUGGCGGGAGAACCUAGACCGUGACAUUGCUCUGCUGAAGCUCAAGAAGCCCGUGUCCUUCAGCGAUUAUAUUCGUCCCGUGUGCCUGCCGGACAAGCAGACAGUAGCCAGCUUGUUCCAGGCUGGGUAUAAAGGACGAGUGACGGGCUGGGGCAACCUUCGGGAGACGUGGAAAACAAGUGUCAGCGAGGUGCUGCCCAGCGUCCUGCAGGUGGUGAACCUGCCCAUCGUGGCGCAGCCAGUGUGCAGGGCCUCCACCCGGAUACGCAUUACUGACAACAUGUUCUGUGCUGGUUUCAGUGUGAAUGACACUAAGCGAGGAGAUGCUUGUGAAGGUGACAGUGGGGGUCCUUUUGUCAUGAAGAACCCCUCGAAUAACCGCUGGUAUCAAAUGGGCAUUGUCUCAUGGGGUGAAGGCUGUGACCGGAAUGGGAAAUAUGGCUUCUACACGCACGUGUUCCGCCUGAAAAGGUGGAUACAGAAAGUCAUUGAUCGAUAUGGAUAGACGUGUUUGUGUGGGCAGCACCCACAGUAUGGGAUCCUCAUUGCAAAAUCACAGAAACCAGUCAAAAUAUUUUUUUGUUUUUUUUUUUUUCUGUUCACAAUAAAAGUGACUGUCAGUAA